AUGAGAGUAGAUCUCAUAUUUGUUGAUGAGAAGUGUAAGGGAACACUCUUGUCGUGCUAUUGUCGAUUGGAUUUCAAUCGCAUUUGGGACAGUGAACUGAAUAAUCCCACUCUAAUGAUUGGAAAGGAGAGACAUUUUUAUUUGAUUGAGGCAAUGAAGAAAAGCAGAACACGUAAAAUCCAAAAGUUGGACUCUUCUCCCAUCCAGAGAAAGGAAAAGGAAGAGGAAGAAAUGGUCACUGCUACAGUGGAAAAUCAUAUGAAGGAAGAAUUAGUUGACAAUCCUAACGAUGGAGGAAAAGGAAAACGGGAUAGGCGAGAUACAGAAGACCGUAUUUCAGCACCAGAGAAGAAGAAGCAAGCGAAAUCUGUUCAAUCCAAGAAGAGAACAGUUGCACCAUCGGAAAUGAAGACCGAACAGGGUAGUGAAGAGACGAGUGCUAAUUUAGAAUCUCUGGACCGAGGAGAUGAAGAAAAACCGAUGUCGAAGCGAAGAAAAAAGCAAGGACCACAGUCAGGAGAAACAAGAGCUAUUCUACAGGAGAUUACCACUCAAAGCGAUGAAAACCCGGUGAUCAAACCCGAGCCCACAAGGAAAUCGAAGCCAAUCAAAAGCGGGGAGAGCGAAAUUUUGCGCAAUCUUAGACUUACUGUUGGUGCGAAGGUUUUAGCAACUGCUGGUAACAGCAAAAAGAACCUUGGAUCGCAUGUGAGCGCCGCUGGCAGUCUUGAGCAAGCUAUUUAUAACGCUCGUGCAGAGGGAAAUCGUUGCUUUGCAUUGUUCGUUCGAAAUCAACGUCAAUGGAAUUCAAAACCUAUGGAAGAUGCCACUGUAGAGCGUUGGAAUGACGCGCUUAAGGAAACUGGAUUUCCACUCUCACAGAUAGUUCCGCACGGCUCUUAUUUGAUGAAUCCUGGCUCACCUGAUCCUGAGAAGCUACAAAAAAGUCGCGAGGCUAUGGUAGAUGAGUGUAAACGCUGUGAAAGACUUGGCAUCCUUUACUAUAAUUUCCAUCCAGGGUCUACCACAGGGGCGUGUACUGUCGAGGAAUGCCUCAAAAUUGUAGCUGCGACAGUCGACUACGUUGUGGAAAAUACAACCCGCAUCAUACUUUUAAUUGAGACGAUGGCUGGUCAAGGACACACAGUCGGAUCAACAUUCGAACAAAUUCGGGACAUAAUUUCCAUGGUUCAAAAUAAGGAUCGCGUUGGAGUGUGUAUUGACACUUGUCAUAUAUUUGCUGCUGGUUACGACAUUCGAAACAAGGAAUCGUACAAUGCAACCAUGAAUAAAUUCGACAAGAUAGUCGGCCUCAAGUACCUCAAAGCCGUUCAUCUUAAUGAUUCUAAAGGCGGAGUUGGCUGUCACGCGGAUCGUCACGAGAACAUCGGCAAAGGAAAAAUUGGAAAAAAUGGCUUCAGAUGUCUUAUGGAAGAUGAACGAUUGGAUGGUAUUCCAUUGAUUCUUGAAACUCCUGGAGUGGACUAUCCAGGAGAAAUGAUGACUCUUUACUCGCUUCAGAAACGUUGA